AUGUCUUAUUGGGAUACCCAACCAAUUCGACAACUCAAUGCUGAACUAUUCGAUCUUAUUGCUCCUUAUCUUCAAUCAUUUUCGGAAGCUAGAGGUGCGGCAGUAGCAGUCUUUCGACUUCUUGACGAAGGAAAUGACUCGAGUAUCAAUGAAACAGAUGUAUGGAGAGAGGAUGCAGAAGGCAUUUAUAAUAUCAAUGGUGAUAUUGAAUUUGACCAUGUCAACUUUAUUUAUCCUUCUCGUAAAGAUACACCAGUUCUGCAUAAUCUCUCUCUUAUUGCUCGUGCUGGUCAGACAACUGCUCUCGUAGGUUUAAGUGGCUGUGGAAAAAGUACAUGUAUAUCACUUUUUCUUCGUUACUAUAAACCAUCAUCGGGUCGAAUAAUCGUUAAUGAUCGACCCAUAACAGAUUACAACAUCAAACAACUUCGACAAAACACUGGAGUUGUUAGUCAAGAACCAAUUUUAUUCGGUAUGAGUAUUUAUGAAAAUAUUCGUUUUGGUAAAGUAAAUGCAACACAAGUAGAAAUUGAACAAGCAGCACGAGAAGCAAAUGCACAUAAUUUCAUCGUGCAAUUACCAAAUAAAUAUGAAACACUUGUUGGUGAGUGUGGCAUACAGUUGAGUGGUGGUGAAAAACAACGUAUUGCAUUAGCUCGUGCUCUUGUCAAACAACCUACCUUCCUUUUACUGGAUGAAGCCACAAGUGCACUUGAUAAUGCAAGUGAAAAAGUUGUUCAAGAAGCACUAGAUCGAGCAUGCAGAGGUCGUACAACUAUUGUUAUUGCUCAUCGUUUGACUACAAUUAAAAAUGCUCAUCACAUAUAUGUGUUAGAUAAUGGACGUGUGAUUGAACAAGGUACACAUGAAACAUUGAUGGCAAAAGAAGGAGGCAAAUAUCAAGCAAUGGUUAAACGUCAACAGAUGGAAAGCAUCUAUGACGAUCAAGAUGAUAUAAUGAGUCUACAAGAAACAACAGAAGAAGAUAAAAAUUUAAUAAGUCUUCCUGAAUGGAUUACCAUCUUGAUUGGUUGUUUAGCGUGUGCAAUUUAUGGAACUGCUCAACCAUGGCUUGCAUUUUUAUUUACCAAAAUAGUCCAUACAUUCAAAGAUUGUUCAAUCUCUAACCGACGUCAACAAGUGUUGAUUGCUAAUGCUUCUUUUUUACUUUUGGGUCUUGCUUUAUGGAUUCUUCGUUUCUUUCAGUAUACAGCUUUUGCCAUAGCAGGAUCGAAAUUGACGCAACGCAUUCGUUUGAAAGCUUUUGCAUGUCUUCUUCGUCAAGAAAUUGCUUAUUUCGAUCGAUCUGAAAAUAGUUCUGGUGCAAUUUGUACUCGUCUUUCUUCUGAUGCAUCAGCCAUUCAAGAGAUGACUGGUACACGAUUAGGAGUCAUCUGUGAAGUUCUCGCACUAUCGUAUAGCCGUAUUGCUGCAUCAGUCUCAGCUAUUAAUACGUUUUUCGAUUUAUUUGAUCGAAAACCAGCUAUUGAUAAUACAUCAAGUGAAGGUCAAGCAUUAGUUGAUUUUCAUGGAGAGAUAAAAUUUAAUCAAGUGAAAUUUAUCUAUCCAACUCGGCCAAAAUCUGUUGUUCUUAACAAAUUUCAAUUGAAUAUCAAGUCAAGUCAACGUGUAGCUCUUGUUGGCGCAUCUGGAUGUGGAAAAUCUACAAUUAUUCAACUGUUAGAACGAUUCUAUGAUAUUACAAGUGGUGAAUUACUGAUUGAUGGCAUGGAUAUUCGAAAACUAAAUCUUCAUUCGCUUCGUUCUCAUUUUGGUCUUGUCAGUCAAGAACCCGUAUUAUUCAAUUUAACAAUUGCUGAAAAUAUAGCAUAUGGCUUAGAAAAUGUUGCAAUGGAAGACAUUAUCAAUGCAGCACGUACAGCUAAUAUUCAUCAAUUUAUCGAGCAAUUACCUCAGGGUUAUGAAACAAACGUAGGUUCAAAAGGCUGUUUUCUAUCAGGUGGUGAGAAGCAGCGUAUUGCAAUUGCUCGAGUUCUUCUUCGUCGACCUAAAGUAUUGCUCUUAGAUGAAGCUACAAGUGCCAUGGAUUCGCACAAUGAACAAAUUGUUCAAGAAGCACUUGAACAGGCUCAAACAGACGAUCCUAGUCGAACGUCACUCAUUAUUGCUCAUCGUCUAUCAACUAUUCGUUCAUGUGAUUUGAUUUGUGUACUUGAUAGAGGACAUAUAGUGGAAAAUGGUACUCAUACAGAACUGAUACAACGACAUGGAACGUAUUAUAAAAUGCUUGCUCAAAAUAAUUUACAAUGA